CUUGUCUUAUAUGUCUUAAUUUAUGAUUUUGGUGUUUUUCUUUAUUUUUUGUUCUUUAUUUUUAUACUAUCAUUUUCAAUAACCAUCCACACAAAAUGUAUUGGGUUCUUUGUUUCUUUUCCUUUAAUUCACCCAGAUCAGGUGUACCCAAAUUCCACUACCAUACGCUCUAUCGGCGUAGUAGUGAAGAAUCAGAUUCUAAAAUUAGAUCACCUUACCGGGUAUAUCACUAUGAGGGGCACAGAGACCAUAUUCACCACUCGCAUGUGUUGUCAUGAAACCUCCAGCUAUAUCAUCUGUACCUGUAACACCUUACAACCUUUUUCUCCCAAUGAUACCAAAUUCAUUAGUGGGCAGUCUUUGCAUGGCCACGCUGACUCUAUCCAGGUUUCCCACACACAAUGGUGCGUCAUCAGCGAGAUGAACUCUUUCUCGUAUGGAGGUCUGACCUGUCCAGCAAACCACACUUUCUGCUUGGAAGUGACAGAAGAUUUGGCCAUGGGUCAGAUCAACAUUCUAGGCCGAGUUCCACUGGAGGUAGACGUCUCCCCGUGGUGGGAGGACACAUUCUACGAACAAGGAACGCGGGCCCUGACUGACCUAAUGAGUUUGGUAGAACAGAUCAUCCGUGACACCAAUUACCACAUCAACCAGGCUCAGGUGGAGGUGAAUCUGGCCAAAAGAACAGCGGAGAUCCUGGCCAGCUCCUCUACCCGGUCCGCCCAGGACGCAUACACCUGGUGGGAUUGGGUGUUCCGAGGGUGCGUCAUCUUUACCAUCACCCUGGUUCAAUGCUGUUAUUUUCGACACCUAAUACACUCUCUGCGCACCUCCACUCAUGCUUCUUUGGUUCUCAGCCCCCUCCAGUUGCCAGCGAGACCGGGCUUGAGACCAUAAACACCGGACCUGGACUGCUGUCAAAGUUGGGCAUUUUCAGUGACCCCUGGGACAGCGUUCUGUUUGUCCCACGGGGCCAGAGAGGGGAAUCUGUAAGGCCCACGGGAACAGGCAUAGAGUGGAAUUUCCUCUCGGAUUGUCGUAAAGCAAUUCGCCAGGGGCAGAGUCUGAUAUUGUCGGGACAGAGUGGCCCGUAAGACCUUGGCAUCUGGUUUUGCGACAGUUAACAGGUGACACCUCUUUUCUACGGGAAAGCAAUUCUAAAAUUACCCCAACGUCCUGGAGGUUUCAGAUUGCAAGUAAUAAAAUCACAUGAUAGAAAUUGGGCAAAUUACUCAGGACAGUUGAGGGACAGCCAAAGUGCCCUCACCUGGUGUCACUGGGUAACUUGUCUCCCUACCUUCAUAAGGAAAGAAAUUUACUCAAGCACACUUUUUGUUAGGAAAUAAAUGCAGAUUUGGGUUGAAUACAUUGCUACACUACACUAUGCAAUCUUGAUACCCUGUGGAAAGACAUUGAGAGUUGGCAGUUGGUUCAUGUAAGAGAUUGUGCAGUUAUUUCAUGUUUUUCAGAGUUUUCAUGACAAACACAAGAACAAAUAUUCAUAUUUGGUAUGGUUUUUAUGGUCUCUGCGCGAGUGAUGCUCUGGUUUAGGUUUGAAAACCAGCAAACCUAUAGAAAAUCUAUUUUUAAUAAAUUUGGAAGUCAACUGUAUUUUUGGGACACUCCUCCUAGUAAAUCCAUCUGUCUGAUCCUCAGGAUGGAACCAAAUUCCAAUCUUCCCCCUCCAAGUAAAUUUAUGGUUUUAUGAGCCUUUUGUGGCGACAUCCACCUGCCUUCCGCUGGGUUCUUAUAGGAGAGGAACAGGGCCCUCGGGGAGUCUGCAAUCAGACUUCCCACACAAGACUCUUUCUGUGUGUAGACUGCUGUCAGGUAUGCUCAUCUUUAUCUUUGAUUGUUAGACUAUUUUCUAAAUUCUGUAACUACAAAUUGACUAUUUUAAGUGUAUAACCUACCUGACAUUAAAACUGUUAAUGACUUGA